AGGCAUGGUGGCUACAAAGUUCUUUCUUUUCUUUCUUCUGAUAUUUUUUUCUACUUUCUUCCAAAAACCCACAUUUGCUAGAAAGAAGAAAUCUUAUGUGGUGUAUUUUGGAGCACAUUCUCAUGGCUUUCAACGUUCUUCCAUCGACUACGAACGUGUCACAAACUCCCACCAUGACUUCUUGGCAUCGUUCGUUGGGAGCAAAGAGAAGGCAAAAAAUUGCAUCUUCUACUCCUACACGAACCAUGUGAACGGUUUUGCUGCGAACUUAGAAGACGAGGAAGUCAACGAGAUAUCAAAGCAUCCGGACGUCGUAUCAAUUUUUUUGAACGAAAUGGUGGAGCUACACACGACUCGGUCAUGGGAGUUCCUGGGGUUGGAGAUGAAUGGCGAGAUUCCUGAAGGAUCGUUGUGGCGGAAGGCCAGGUUUGGCGAGGAUAUAAUCAUUGGGAAUCUUGAUUCAGGCGUUUGGCCGGAAUCAGAGAGCUUCAAUGAUAAUGGAAUGGGGCCCAUUCCAAUGAGGUGGAAGGGAUCAUGUGAUGGUGAUGGUGGAGUACGUUGUAACAGGAAGCUGAUCGGAGCGAGAUACUUUAAGAAAGGCUACGAAGCACAAUUUGGACCAAUCAACGCCACACUCUCUACAGCACGUGACACCGAUGGCCAUGGGACCCACACUCUCUCAACGGCUGGUGGUGGCUUCGUCCCAGGAGCAAACAUCUUCGGUUAUGGCAACGGUGCAGCGAAAGGCGGAUCACCCAACGCCCGUGUGGCCGCAUACAGAGUCUGCUGGUCUAGCUGUUUUGACGCCGACAUCCUCGCAGCCUUUGAUGCCGCAAUCCACGACGGUGUCGACGUGUUAUCCAUCUCCCUCGGUGGGCCACCCCGUCCUUAUUUUAGACACGGCAUCUCGAUCGGUUCAUUCCAUGCAAUGAUGAACGGUAUCGUCGUCGUCUGCUCAGCUGGAAACUCCGGCCCAUAUAGUAGUUCGGUUGAGAAUGUAGCUCCUUGGAUCAUGACUGUGGGAGCCAGCACAAUGGACAGGGAAUUCCCAUCAUAUAUCCAGCUUGGCGAUAACAAGCGCAUCAAAGGACAGAGCCUCUCAACAACAGCCAUUCCUUCCAACAAAUCGUAUCCAUUGAUCAUAUCCAUUGAUGCUGUAUCAGCCAAUUCAACGGCUGGCGAUGCCGUCUUCUGUAGACAAGGGUCCCUUGAUCCUAUGAAGGUAAAAGGAAAGAUCGUCGCCUGCACUUCUGGAUUAAUCAGUAGCGUAGAGAAGGGCGAUGUAAUCAAACAGGCAGGAGGCAUCGGGGCGAUCAUCAUGAAUGGGCCCACUGAAGAAAUCGAGGCCAAACCUCACGUCCUCCCAGCUACAGAUAUCUCUCAGGAUGGAGCUGUCGCCCUAUUGUCCUACAUUGAAUCCACAGCGUCUCCAACGGCUUACAUCACCUUGCCCACAACACAGCUCGGAACCAAGCCCGCACCAACUAUGGCUGCAUUCUCAUCACAGGGACCCAAUCCGAUCACACCGGAGAUCCUCAAGCCAGAUAUUACCGCACCAGGAGUUGAUGUCCUCGCAGCAUUUGCACAGUACACCGGACCUAGUAGUCUCCCUUCGGAUCCACGUCGUGUUCACUUCAACAUGAUAUCUGGGACGUCCAUGGCAUGCCCUCAUAUUUCCGGCAUUGCCGGCCUUCUCAAGAUGGUCCACCCCGAAUGGAGCCCAUCAGCAAUCAGAUCAGCAAUCAUGACCACUGCACAAACAGAAGACAAUACGAAAGGGCCCCUGAGCAACUCUUCUUUAUCUCCAGCCAAUCCUUUCAGCUACGGCGCAGGACAUGUGGACCCUAACUGUGCUGUGGACCCCGGUUUAGUGUAUGACCUAACCAUCGAGGACUACUUGAAUUUUUUAUGCGCCAUCGGAUACAACCAGACCCAGUUUGCGAGUUUCACAAAACAACCGUACUCAUGCGAUCCCAAGUCCUUAAAUCUCUUAAACUUCAAUUAUCCUUCUAUAACCAUUCCACAUCUGUCUGGUCUAACCACCGUGAGCCGGACGGUGAAGAAUGUGGGCAACCCAAGCACGUACACAGCCCGCAUCAACGCACCGCCAGGAAUUUCUGUGUCGAUUGACCCUGUGAGCUUGACAUUUGUGAAGAUUGGUGAAGAGAAAACAUUCAAGGUGAGUCUACAGGCCAAGGAAGGUGGAGUGGCUAGUAAGUAUGUAUUUGGGCAGCUGACAUGGUCUGAUGGUAUGCGCAACGUGAGGAGUCCUAUAGUUGUAAACGCAACAAAAGCUUGAAAAG